AUGAGUGACGACUACGUCCGUCGGUUUUGGCGAUGUCGCAAGACGUGUUGCGAAAUGCUCGAGGAUCGGGGGUACAUCGUCUCCCAGCACGAGAAAAACGAGGCGUUCCCGGACUUCAUGCGGCGGUUCGACGAGGCUAACCGACAACGAGGACAAAUGCUGUUGUUGGGAAGUUUAAGGACCGACGAGAACCAGAAAAUUCUCGUAUACUUCUCGGAUGAGCCGAAGAAAACAGGUGUACGACCAAUUAAGGAAUUGUCUGAUAAGAUGGAAGAGCGAGGUAUCAGUAGUGCGAUUUUGGUGGCUCUGAAUUCGAUGACGGCUUUUGCCCGGAACGCCAUAGCGGAGCUGGCUCCCCAGCGUCAUAUAGAGUAUUUCAUGGAGGCAGAGUUGUUGGUCAACAUUACUCGUCACGAGUUAGUCCCGCGUCACAUUCCGCUCUCAGAUGAGGAGAAGGAAGAGUUGUUGGCCCAGUACAAGAUUCGAGACAUCAUGCUUCCCAGGAUCCUGCCCACGGAUCCUGUGGCCCGGUACUUUGGUCUGCGACGCGGCCAGGUCGUUAAAAUCAUUCGACCGUCAGAAUCGGCCGGCCGAUUCGUCACCUAUAGACUCUGCACCUAG